UAAGUAGACACUGACAUGAAUGCUUUGGUUUUGUUUGCGGGAUGUGUUGCAUACAUCAGACAUUCUUUACUUCACAUCCUUUGUUGCACCAAGCACCUAAACCCGGUUAACCCCAGUCAGCAGCGUUGCUUUACAAACAUGAUCGGUUUGGAAAUGACAUAAAGGACCUAUUUGGUUCUAAAUAUGAUUCAGGGAUCAAAAGGAACCAGAUGUUUAGUAGAAGUGGACAUUUGCCCGAUUGUUCACAUCUGUGAACCACAGUCCAACUAAGGCUGAGUUGCUGUGUGACUUGGCUUUGAACCUUAACCACAUUUUCAGACAUGUUUAUUAGUGGUUCCCCUGUUUCUGUGUGAUAAAAUCACGUUGCUUGUGACACUUAACGUUGAAACACAUGAGAAGUGUGGCAGGAAGUGUGAUGCUGCUCAGUCGAGUCAACAACAGAAGCUAUGUCAUGAGCCGUGAAUUUCCCGAAUAGCCACGGUCAGUCACAUAUGCAGCCGCAUCAUGUGCUUCUGAGCAUUUGCAUGUCACUGUGUAUCAACAGAGGCACAUGCAGAGGUUUAGCCUCUAGGCUGAGUCUAUGCCACUAGUAGAAAAACUUCUGUUCCCUCCUGAACAAUGUGAGAAUAUAGGAACAACGUAAACAUUCAGCCUGCAUUGCAUCUGUAAAAUGUGUCAAAUCAUUCCACGUUUGUUUCGAAUUAUGAACCACACUUAAACUUUCUCUUUCACUUUUACCCAGUGUGACAACAACCUCAUGAUAUCAGUGAUUCAUCAGAUCUGGUGGGGUUUUAUUUAAGGAGCCUACUGAAAUCUGUCCUGUCCAGUGAACAAACAGGCACAAAGCAGAUCAGCUGGGAUUUUUGAAAAGUGGGGAGGGUCAAAUAACAUGAGGUGUGUAAUUAAAGGAAAUGAUUAAAAUUUUAGGUAAGAGGCCAGUGGCAACUUUAAAUACAACUUUAAAUGACACUUUUUAAACGUGCUACAUUUGCUUUCACCUGUCAGAAAUCCUGCAUCAAAGCAACUGUGAUGUUAAGCAAGUCAGUGUGUGAAGAGUGUGAAGCAAAGGUAGGAUGCUGAUGGGAGGAGAAACGUGAAAUACAGAACUAGUGUCUUGUCUGUUUGUGACAUAGUCAGUGGCUCCAGCACAGAGACGCCGCUAUGCCUGAUCCAAACAAAUCUUCGUUUACUACGUACGACUUUAGCCCGAUUUAUGAUGGACUUAAUAUUACUAAUUACUCUAUUUACUCAGAGUUCAUUCCAAACCCUGAAACGGAGGCCUGCGACCCUUUCCUGGUGCCAGACACGGUGUCCAUCACUCUCAGUGCCUUCUAUGUCCUGGUCUUUCUGUUGGCCAUACCUGGCAACCUGGUCGUGGGACUGGUGAUGGGCCACAACAGGGAUACUCUCCCCCCGUCCGACCUCUACCUGCUCCACCUGGCGGUGGCCGACCUGCUGCUGGCCGUUACGCUCCCCUUCUGGGCCGUGUCCGUUACAUGGGGCUGGAUUUUUGGAAACGCCGCGUGCAAAAUUGUCACCAUCUGCCAGGAGCUCAGUUUCUACUCGAGCAUCCUGUUCCUGACCUGCAUCAGCAUGGACCGCUACGUGGUGAUCGUGCGCGCGCUGGAGGCGCGCCGGGCGAACCGGCGGCUGCUCAGCUGGGGGGUGUGCGCCGGGGUCUGGGCCGUCGCGACGCUGCUGUGUGUGCCCGCCUUCUUCAGCCGGCCCUCCGCCUCCGACGACCCCAGUCGCCUGGUGUGCCACGAGCAGUUUCCCAGCAGUGCCGACGAGUGGCGGCUGGCCACGCGCAUCCUUCGCCACGCGCUGGGCUUCGUCAUUCCGCUCGCCAUCAUGAUCCCCUGCUACGGAGUCACCAUCAAGCGCCUGCUGCGCGUCCGCGGCGGGUUCCGGCGACAGCGGGCCAUGAAGGUGAUCGUGUUCGUGGUGGUGGCCUUCCUGCUGUGCUGGGCGCCGUACCACGUCGCGCUGAUGACCGACACGUUCUUCCGGUCCAAGGUGGUGCCCUACCGCUGCUCGGACCGGCUGGCGGUGGACCAGGCCCUGCUGGCCACGCAGAGCAUGGGGCUGCUGCACAGCUGCGUCAACCCCGUGCUCUACGCUUUCGUGGGGGAGAAGUUUCGCAAAAGUCUGGUCCAGCUGAUGAGGAAGUUCGGCCUCAUAGAGAGGACCACAAGAAUCAAGUCGUCUGUGUCCUCAGAAGUCACAUCCACCAUGAUGUGAGACGCUUCAGAGGAGAAGCUUUGACUUUGGCCACUCAGUAAAUGUAAAUAUGUUUAUGCUUAUGGUUGGAUUCUUCUCCAGAUCGGCAGAAGGCGAAGCGCUGCUUUAAAGUUACGCUGCACGCAUUUUCUUUUUAUGCUGAGUGAUCACCUCUUGCCUCAUGUCAUGAGGAAACUGUGGGAAACGUCUUUUGAACAAAAACAACAGAGACAGACCCGACGCUGAUGGACGCGCUGGUUUGUCUGUGCUCCUUCUGCUCAUGUAUGCAAAUGUAAAUUAAGUUAAGUUUUAAUAGUUUUUUCUCACUUAAGUCUCAAAGAUUUAUACUGUAGUUUGACAUAUUUUCUUUUUAUAUUGACAAAUAUAGUUCUCUGUUCGAGCAUAUGUCUAUUUAACUAAACAGGACUUUAUUUGAUCACAUACAUAGUAAUUUACAUUAUCUGUACAGAUCAUUAAAGUUUUAUAUGAAAACGUG